GCCUCGUCCGGCGCCUUCGACCUGGACGCCCACGACGAGAUCAUCUAUCGAAUGGCACGGUGCCGGACUCCUACGACGUCUCCUGGACCUGGUCGGACGUCCGCUGGGCCUCCAGGUGGGACGCGUACCUCAAGAUGACCGGAGGCCAGAUCCACUGGUUUGCGAUCCUCAACUCGGUCCUCAUCCUGGUCUUCCUGUCCGGCAUGGUCGCCAUGAUCCUGCUCAGGAGACCCUGCACCGCGACAUCACGCAGUACAACGAGGUCGCCACGGCAGAAGAGGCCAAGGAGGAGACUGGCUGGAAGUUGGUGCACGGCGACGUGUUCCGCAGGCCGUAUUUCUCGACCCUGCUGUCCGUGUCCGUCGGCUCGGGCAUGCAGGACGUGCUCGGCAUGUCGGUGGUCACGAUGAUCUGCGCUCUGCUGGGGCUGCUGUCGCCGGCGCACCGCGGCGGGCUGCUGCAGUCCAUGAUGCUCUUGUUCACGCUCAUGGGCGUGGUCGCCGGGUACGUGUCCUCGAGGCUGUGCAAAGUCUUCGAGGGCGACGAGGGACGCUGGAAGACCACGACCAUUCUGACAGCAUUCCUGUACCCUGGAUUCUUCUUCUUGAUUUUCUUCGUGCUGAAUCUGAUGAUCUGGGGGCAGAAGGACCGACGAUCUUCCGGAGCCGUGCCGUUCACCACGAUGUUUGCGCUGUUGGUGCUGUGGUUCGGCGUCUCGGUGCCGCUCGUGUUCUUCGGGGCCUACGCUGGCUUCAAGAGGGACGUGAUCGAGCUCCCGGUCCGCACGAACCCGAUCCCGCGGAAGAUCCCGGAGCUGCCCUGGUACUCGAAGCCCGUGUUCACGUCCCUCGUGGGUGGCAUCUUGCCCUUCGGCGCGGUGUUCACAGAGCUUUUCUUCAUCAUGUCCUCCCUGUGGCUGCACCAAUUCUACUACCUAUUCGGUUUCCUGGCGCUGGUGCUGGUGAUCGUGAUCGUGACGUGCGCGGAAAUAUCCAUUGCCCUGACGUACUUCCAGCUGGCUUCCGAGGACUCCGACUACCGCUGGUGGUGGCCGUCCUUCUUUGCCUCUGGCUCGUCGGCGCUGUACGUGUUCUUGUACACGAUCCUCUAUUUCUGGUCCCGUCUGCAGAUCGAGAAGAUGGUGUCGACCAUGCUCUACUUCGGGUACAUGCUCAUCAUGUCGACGCUGUUCUUCGUCCUCACUGGCUCCAUCGGCACGGUCGCGUCCCUAUACUUCACCAGAGCGAUCUACGGAGCCGUGAAGAUCGACUGA